AUGGCCUUUCUAAGUGCAGCUUUAACAAACAAGAUCACUUGCUUGGAAGGCCUAAAUUCGGCUUCCGGCCCUCUAAAAUCAUGCCUGGUGAAUUCAUUGACUUGCACUUAUCAGCAUAUAAGCAAUUCUUUAUCAAUGCUCUCCAAUCCAGGUGCAUCUAUAGGCCGAAAAAAUAGGCAUCUCUUAGCGACUCCGAGGUGGCUUUCCGAGAAAGAUCGCCAGAUUUUGCAGGGUUCCGGUGAUGAAUAUGAUCCAAGCGAGGUUCUUACAGUGGCUGCUGAUGGAACGGGAAAUUUUUCGACAAUUAUGGAUGCUAUAAAUUUUGUCCCGAAUAACAGCUUUGAUAGAAUAAUAAUCUACAUCAAAGAAGGGUUGUAUCAAGAAAAUGUGGAAAUUCCAAGAUGGAAGCCUAACAUUGUUUUGCUUGGUGAUGGAAGUGAUGUUACAGUAAUAAGCGGUAACAGAAGUGUAGCAGAUGGUUGGACUACUUUCAGAUCUGCCACUGUUGCUGUUUCCGGUGAGGGUUUCUUGGCACGUGACAUAACGUUCGAGAACACAGCAGGACCAGAGAAGUAUCAGGCCGUUGCCCUUCGUGUUAAUGCAGAUUUAUCUGCUGUUUACCGAUGCACCAUUAAUGGCUACCAAGAUACACUCUAUGUACAUUCAUUCAGACAAUUCUACAGAGAAUGUGACAUUUUUGGAACCAUAGACUACAUAUUUGGAAAUGCUGCAGUUGUCUUUCAAGGAUGUAACAUCAUCUCCAGAAUGCCAAUGUCAGGCCAGUUCACGGUGAUCACAGCCCAGUCCCGGGACACCCCAGAUGAGGACACGGGGAUUUCGUUGCAAAAUUGUUCAAUCAUGGCUACAGAUGAUUUGUAUUCUAAUUCCAGCACUGUGAAGAGUUAUUUGGGAAGGCCCUGGAGAAAUUUUUCCAGGACAGUUUACUUGGAGUCCUACAUUGAUGAUUUUAUUGCACCGGAAGGGUGGACUAACUGGAAUGGUAAUCAAGGAUUGGACACUUUGUAUUAUGGAGAGUAUGAAAAUAAUGGCCCUGGUUCAAGAACUGAUAAUCGUGUUUCUUGGCCGGGUUAUCACGUAAUGGAUUAUAAGGAUGCUUCUAACUUUACAGUAUCGCAGUUCAUAACUGGAGAGGAAUGGUUGGAUUCUACUUACUUCCCUUAUGAUAAUGGAAUCUGA